GGCAGCAUUAUUGUAAAUCAUGAAGUGAUUGUGGAGAUAGAAUACAGAACAGAUAUGGCUGUAGAGGAUCAAUACCAGGAGAUAUUCCAGGAUGUCAAGGCGAAGGUGGAAAAAGCGAAGGCAGAGCAGAACUGCACACAGAAUGAUUCUCAUUGUCUGUUUUUUGAUGAAAAAUAUGUUAACGUCAUAGAAAAUGAAGUUCCUAAACCUCAAGUCUGUAGUAUUAUCGAACCAGCAUAUAAAGAGUUCUUUGUAGAGACAAUCACUUCAGAUGGACUGACCUGUAUGUCAUUUUGUGAUCCGUCCUAUGCACAGCCUAAGUCUUGUAAUGAUGGAAAAUGUGUGAUUCAGAGAGAUGUUGGUCCACAGUGUUUGUGUCCAGAGACAGAUAUCUUCAUGUAUACAGGUGCAAGCUGCACAGGAAAAAUAUCAAAAGCCGGAGUGUAUGCAGGGGUGGGAGUUUCCCUUGCUGUCCUGUUCAUUGUUAUUAUCACGGUAUCGUUUUACCUGGUCAGAGAAAAAAGGAAGAAGAAUAAGGAUGACUUCUUCAGAGAUAGUGAAGAUUUAUGGAGUCAUGAUACUGAUGAUCAGUGGACUGCACAAAAUGGGAUAUUCAAUCUAAACCUAAAUAUAGACUCAGAUUGAAUGUCUAGCAAGAAAAAGUUUCAACCCAAACUAGAAGCAGUGGAUACAAUAACUGAGGUGAAGAUACAGAGGCCACAGAUUUGUUAUGGAAAUAUGUAUACCGCACUUAAAUAAUUAAAAUAAACGAUUAAAACCUUUUUGUCUAUAUAAAAAUUUAAACAAAGAAAAGCGGUGCGAAAAGAGAAAAUAAUUAGUUUAUCAUACAGAAAAAGAAACUUGUAGUAAUCCAAUAUUUACAACCAUAACAUAAAU